AAGCAAACCUCGCAAUUCCAAGCUUGCUCACUCCCGAACAUGGCUUCCCUACAUAUCGAACGUCCCCAAGGUGGCCUCUCGAACUACCAUGAAGAUGACCAGCAAAACCUGUCAGAUGAUGAAGAUUACCAGCAAAACCUGUCAGAUGAUGAAGAUUACCAGAAAAACCCGGAAUAUGUUGAAAGGAAGGAAUUGUUCCAGUCGGCUAUGACAAGCAAAUGGGAGGUUGUGUUGGCGAAAUACAAAAAUGAGCCAAGGAUCCAAAAGGUUAAGAUCACCAGCACAGAGGACACUCUAUUACACAUAGCAGUCACCGAUGACCGGAAGGAAGUUACAGAGCUUGUGGAUGCGGUGACCAAAGUGGAAAUCCUAGAGAUGAAGAAUGACAUGGGAAACACUCCCCUCCACUUAGCAGCGGCAAUGGGGAAGGUGGGCAUGUGCAAAUGCAUAGUGAAGAAAUAUCGGCAAUUGUUCUUUAAUCGGCAGUAUGUUGAGCAGCCCAAAAAUGGCCCCACUGAUCUGAUCGAUAGCCGCAACAAAGAAGGGGAGACACCGCUCUUCGUGGCCGCUGUUCAUGGUAAAAAGGAAGCAUUUCUCUACCUGUAUUAUCGGUGUCCUCGUGGAGUAGGCGGUAAGUAUUGGAUCAGGAGCAGUGAUGGCAAUAGCAUUCUUCAUGUGGCCAUUUCUGGGGAAUACUUCGGUUUGGCCUUCGAUAUGCUGAAAAAGUGCCACAACAAGAGACAUGAUCUUAUUAACUCUGUGAACGAGAGAGGGCUGACGCCUCUCCAUUUAAUAGCAAGUAAUCCUUCCGCUUUCCAAAGUGGAACUCACCUCCGCAGAAUUGAGGCAAUAAUCUACGAAUAUAUUGUGGUUGAGCCUCUUAAAGAGACAGACGUUAAAAGUGCCUUAGCAGAAGCAAUUCGAAGAGAAGAUGAAUCUCGAGAGAAACCCUCAGACGUGCUGCCCAAGAACUACAGGAUCUUGAUGGACUUGUUCACGGUGCUGCGGAGGGUAUUUAAUAUCAAAGAUUUCCAGUGUCUACGGCUAUGGCCUCAGAAGCAAGAGAAGAACCAACUUGAUGCAGAGAACCCAUCACCUCAGAUAUCUGCAUCCACAGAGAACCCACCACCUCAGAUAUCUGCAUCCACAGACAUAUUUAUUCAACGAUCCCAUGGGGACGGAGGCAAAAGCCAUGAAAGCAGCCAAGAGAGAAGUUGCAGCACACAAGAACAACCAUUUCCCAGUAAUUAUAAAACAUGCUAUGAUUUCUUUGAGCUCGCAAUGACGGCCUUACAAGUGAUUGGAUUUGGGUACAUAAGAAUGCAGAAAAUUAAAGAGAGGAAACAAAAACAUACUUGGGCAGUUCAAAUAAUGGACGAACUUGUCAAGAAAGCUUCCUCAUGGGAGUAUAAUGCUGGGAGUAAACCACAAGAUCGAGCACCAGAUCCGAUUUCACAAGCAUUCAGUGAUGGGUCUCCAGUGGAUUAUAAAGAGGAAGAAAAAAACGUCGCAAGAAGCCCAAAUUCGUCCCAGAAGCCAAACGAACUAAAAGAGGACGAAGGCAAGAUGACCGACAUUUUAAAUAAGAUCCUCAACAUCCCUCCAAAAUUAGAGAAGGUGAAAAGAUCUGACGACAAGAACACAAUACAAAUGACAAUGGAAAAUAAACAACCACAUAUCUACAGUCUUAUAAUGGAAAUGAAGAAGGAGAAUGAAGAUGAUGGAGGUAACGUAAUUAUGUUUAUAUAUACAUGUACUUUGGCUGAUGCAUUUUUGUAUGAGCACAUACGUAAUAAGAUACAUGAGGUGAAGCCUACAUUUAUGGUUGGUAUUAUUUACAAAAUCGUAAAUACUAAAGCGAAAUGCUUUGAAGCUGUCAGAGCACUAUAA